CUCACAUGUCGUUUGAUGUCAUUGUCAGUGCUAUUGUGGCAUUUCCAUGGUAACGCUGGGCUGGAGAUCAUCCCUGGUGACACUGAGGUCAUCCUUAGCGCUGACUCCGCCCACACCAUCACCUGCUCGGGUUCCACGCCUGUCACCUGGCGGUACCGGCGUGAUGAGAACGUUCCAAACUUCGAAGUGGAGAAUUCGUCCCCCGGGUCUGCAGUUCUUCGUCUGGAGAACGUGACUUGGAGGCACACAGGAGUGUAUGUCUGCACUGAGGAGGGCUCACGACAAACACGCGAGGUCGCUGUGUUUGUCCCUGAUGCAGAAGAGUGGUUUCUAGAGAAUAGCCACUACAUGGCGGUCCGCCUGGGUGACACGGCUACUGUCCCCUGCCUGGCGACCGACCCUCACAUCAACGUCUCAUUGGUCCACGCCAUCACCGAGCGACCAGUGGGCGGAGUUUACAGCCCCACCGACGGCUUCACAGGCAUCAUGGAGGAGGAUGACUUCCGUUGUCGUGGCGAGCUCAACGGGGUGACGAAAGACUCGGAGCCCUUUCACGUCUACAGCAUCAUUGUUCCUAUGGGGAUGAGUGUGUAUAUUAAUGCAUCUCGUACGGUGCUGAAGAGAGGGGAGAGUGUGACUGUGAACUGCACCCAGCAUGGGGCUGAGCUUGUCUACUUCCACUGGGACUACCCCAACGAGGAGCUGUCGCAGAGGGUGGAGCCUGUAACAGACCCGCUGUCCCGUACGGUGAUGCGCUCCUACCUGAACCUGGCUCAUGCCACACCGGCCGACGCGGGCAUGUAUGUGUGCCACGUCAGAGAGAGUGUCUCAGAGCAGACGGCAUCCACCAGCAUCAACAUCACCGUACUGGAGCGGGGUUUUGUGAGGGCCGUUCUUCCACUGAGGAAGAAGCUGUUGUCACGGUUACAGACGACAGAGGAGCUGAGGGUGGAGCUUGAGGCGUAUCCGCCCCCUCAGGUGGAGUGGAGGAAAGAUGGACGCCUCCUCCCCCCCAAUAAAGACAACGUCAUCAGUCUGCGUCAGGAGAGUGAGACCAGGUUCGUGAGCACAUUGACUCUGGUGAGGAUCCGGUUGGAACAGAGAGGUGUGUACAUCGCUCACAUCAGCAAUUUAGACGACCAUAGAGAGAUCGCUUUUGAGCUGGAGGUCCGAGAGCCACCUCGCAUCACUGAGCUGACGGACGUGUCUCUGUCGGGGCAGAGGCACGCCGUGACGUGUGUCGCAGAGGGAGUUCCGCCCCCCAACAUCAGCUGGUACAGUUGUGAUGUCACACACAGGUGUGACAACAGCAGCGUGUUGAAGCCCCUCUCCUCAGACUCGGCCGGAGUAAGUGUAGAGACGAAUGUGACGUAUAACACGUCACGUCACACACACCAGACGCGCAGCCAGCUGAUCUUCCAGCAGCCACAGCUCAUCACCGUCCGCUGCUACGCAGAGAACACACUCGCCCUGAGCACGCAGAACAUCAAACUUGUCUCCAAGACAUUGUUUUCCCAGGUGGCAGUGCUAGCAGCAGUUCUUGCACUGGUCUGCAUCAUCAUCAUCUCCAUCAUCAUUCUCAUUGCUGUCUGGAGGAAGAAGCCUCGUUAUGAGAUUCGCUGGAAGGUGAUUGAGUCUGUGAGUCUGGAUGGGCAUGAGUACAUCUAUGUGGACCCCAUCCAGCUGCCCUAUGACCUCACCUGGGAGUUGCCCAGGGAUAGCCUCGUACUGGGUCGGACUUUGGGCUCGGGAGCGUUUGGCCGCGUUGUCGAGGCAACAGCUUACGGUCUCAGCCAUGCUCAGUCUACCACCAAAGUGGCCGUGAAGAUGCUGAAAUCCACUGCGAGGCGGAGUGAGACUCAGGCUCUGAUGUCAGAACUGAAGAUUAUGAGUCAUCUAGGACCCAGCCUCAACAUAGUCAACCUGCUGGGAGCCUGUACCAAACAGGGGCCUCUAUACCUGGUGACGGAGUACUGUCGCUAUGGUGACCUGGUGGAUUACCUUCACCGAAACAAACACACAUUCCUUCAGUAUUACGCCGACAAGAACCGCCGCGAGGCUGACCUCUACUGCAACGGAACCUUAGAACGCUCUGGGAAAGGGUACGUGUCGUUUGGCAAUGACAGUGAUGGCGGUUACAUGGACAUGAGUCGAGAUGAGCCCAGUGAAUACAUGCCCAUGCAGGACCACACACACACCGUCAAAUACGCAGACAUCCAGCCAUCAGGGUACGAGUCACCCUACCAGCAGGACAUCUACCAGGAGCAAGGCCAUCAUGUGGACGAGUCUAUGGUCAUCAGUGAGUCCCCCUUCCUGAGUGUCACUGAUCUUGUGGGCUUCAGCUACCAGGUGGCCAAAGGCAUGGAGUUCCUGGCCUCCAAAAACUGUGUACAUCGUGACCUGGCAGCCCGGAAUGUUCUGGUUUGCGAAGGGAAACUGGUGAAGAUCUGUGACUUUGGACUUGCACGAGACAUCAUGCACGAUUCCAACUACAUCUCUAAAGGCAGUACCUUCCUGCCUCUGAAGUGGAUGGCCCCAGAGAGCAUCUUCCAUAACUUGUACACCUCUCUGAGUGACGUCUGGUCCUUCGGCAUCCUGCUCUGGGAGAUCUUCACUCUGGGGGGCACUCCAUAUCCAGACCUGCCCAUGAAUGAGCUGUUCUACAACGCCCUGAAGAGAGGCUAUCGCAUGUCGAAACCUUCACAUGCCUCUGAUGACAUCUAUGAUGUGAUGAGAAAGUGCUGGGAGGAGAAGUAUGAGAAGCGCCCUGAGUUCUCCUUCCUGGUGCACACCAUGGGCAACAUGCUGACAGACGACUACAAGAAGCGGUACUGCCAGGUGAAUGAGAGUUUCCUCCAGAGUGACCACCCUGCAGUGGUGCGCACCAAGCCCCACCUGGUGUCCCCCUUCCCCGCUGCUCCUCCCCUCAGCCCCCCCUUCCUGCCUGGGGGGGGCGCACCACUGCCCCCCUGCAACGAGUACAUCAUCCCCCUCCCCGACCCCAAACCUGAUGAAACCUGCCUGGACACCUCUCUCCCCACUGAGAGUGCAUCUAGGUGAGACACACACACACACACUC